CGUUGAGCCGCAGGCGCUCGCCGCUGACGCGGCCAUUUCGAAAAUUUAAAGACCUUGGCGCCGCGCCAUAACGAUAGAUCGAACGGCGCGCGCAUUAGGUCUAAAAUUGUCACUUCCGGUAUCGAGCACCAGGAGGGAAAAUGGACGUCAAUAGAUGUUGCGCGUAGUAGUGUGUUUAUUUACGUAUUAUCUAUCAAUGAUCAAUUGAUUGCAAAAGUUUAAUCAUCAGAUAUUGAAACAUCGAAAUUAUAAAUACUAAUUUCGUCAGGAUGCUAGGAGAUUAACCCCAAGAUGGUCGAUGAAGUUCUACCAGCUAGCUUAGAAAAGCUAGAAAUUGAUCAAGAAGCAGUUAAUUCUUCUCGAUGAAAUUUUUUUGUUUCAGCAGAAACUCCUUGGACAAAUCCAAUCCGGCAAAUCCAUUCCGGAUAACAAGCAGAGGUAUAAAUUCUGAUACAAGUUAUUUGUUCUGUCGAAGAUCUAUGCCAAAUAGGCCAACCUCAUCCGUAAUAAGCCCUAGAGGCGUCAAAAGUACAACAAACUUCAAGCCCUCUAAAAAUGAAAGAGUUUUGGAGAAGCCUAAGAAAAAUUCUAUAAUUAAAGAAGCUGUUCUAAAAUUGAAUAAUUCUAACUCAAAUUAUUUGAGCGAAAACCUGGCCAGCACUCUGUUAGAAGAGGCUUGCAAAUUAAGUAUUUCUAGUAAAAAUUGUAAAACCUUUGGGCGUGGCUCUGUCACCAAAGAUUUUAGGGCGCUAAACAUCAGCCCAGAUUCUAGACUCGUCAAAGACGAUGCCAGUAUCGAGGAGAGUUUUCGCACGAGUAGCUUUCAACGUGUCAGGAGUAACACGAUGCCGAGUUUGAAAAGGGGUCCAGGUCCCGGUGGAGGAAGCAGUGCUCCCGUCGCAACCGUCACCCCUGGACCAUCCGAUGUACAAAAUCCCUCCGGAUCAAGUCAAAACUCGAGUUCAAACACUUGUUCGAUACAAGCUCGGAUAUCUCCUCCGCCAUGCGAUGUAACUAUUGACGAGCUCGCUAGUUACUUUGAUGAAUUUGUUCAUAUUCCAAAGAAAAUGUCGCACAUGGCUGAAAUGAUGUACAUUUAACAGAUUCAAAUUGGAUUUAUGAUGGAUUUUAUUUAGAAUUCCCUAUGUUCGAGGUCAUGGAUGGUGAUUGAAUCUCGACCAAACACCGACUUGUGUUGGAAUAUUUAUCCAGACACGAGUGAACUAAUGUUGAUACACUCUGCUAUGGCCUGCAGUUUAUAUUUCUUUAAAUGUGGAUCGAUUCGGUAAUAACCACUGCUAUUCUUCAAUACUAUGUAUUUACUAUGAUAUUAAUAUGAUUUGGUACCUAAAUUAUUUUCGAAAUAUAAUAAAAACUAAUAAAAACAAAUAUCUAAUUACACCACGCUUUAUUCUACUUAUAAAAAACGUUAAGCUAAAUAAAAAAUUCUAUUAAUUGUAAGUCAUUUUGUGAACUCUUCAAACGGCACUAAAUUCAAUGAGUACAUAUAACUUACCAAUGUGCUUAAAAGGGGGUGUUUGAAAAUCAUCCCUAAAAUUUGAAAGAAAAAAAAAAAAAACAGAAUUCAUUAUGAUACGUAAUAUAUUUAUCUUUUUAAUUUUACAAUAUUUAAGAUAAUAAUAUAAAGUAAGAAUAAUUUAAAUCACCUAAAUGUUAAUAAGCUUUGGUACAUAAGCUAUGACGACGGUAUAAUUAUUUAAUAUUUAAAAACCUAAUCAAUUGAACUGUGUAUAAUUUUUUUUUUUUUUUGUUAAACUAUACAAAAAAUUUCCAUAACUUAUACUCCGGUGGCAAAAAAAGAAAAGAAAAAACCACUUGAUUGAUUUGUUCAAAAUAAACAUGGAGAUCAAUAAUCUUCAGUCAAAAUCGUUCCUAAACACGUUAACUUACAUCUAAUAAAUAUUUAAGUACAGCUUCUUUUUUUUCUUCGUUUAUUUUACUUUUUAUUUUUAUUCGUAUUUCAUUAAUUUAUUUAUUAUUUCACUAUAGAGGAAUAUCGUCUUUCAAAAUUCUAGUUUACCGAGUCAAUUUGAAAAAGAAUUGUAAAUCAGUAUAUUCUAAUUUUUAUUUAUCAAAAACUGUAAUGGCAGUAUAAACGCUUUUGGUUCUGUUCAAAAAACUUUAUUUUUUUUUUUUUUUUGUUUGUUUUCAAUUUUUUCUUUUUCCUUUUUUUGUUACUCUCAUCUUUUUCUAACUGGAAAAAUCGACUCUAUUUUCGGGAAGAAUAUUCUUUCUCAUCCCAAAAAUAUGGUUUUUUAAUUAUUCUUACUCUGAUCACACAUACAUCGGUAGAGUCAUGCAACUAUGUAUGUACAGUUGAAGAAUUAAGAACAACAAAAUAAAAAUAAAUAAUUGUGGCAAAUGUUUACAAAACCAUAGUUUUUGGUCUCUAUAUAAUAUGUAUAUUGUCUUUCUCUAAACGGUAUAUGGAUUUUCUGUUCAUUUAUCCCAAAAUUUUUCACUUUUAAAUAUCUAUAUUAUAUUUCAAUCAAAGCCUCGAUUUAUGUGAUUAUAUAUGAAUCUCUUUGUAUGAUCUAGUAAGAUCUAUAAAGGUAAGAGUUGUGUUCCA